CCAGUCUCUCCCCCUUCCCUUGUUCCUAAACCCGCCUCUCUCUCCCUCUUUCACACACGCCUCUCUCUCCUCUCUCUCGGCGUCCAUUUCCUCCUUCUAGCUAGCUUGCUUCGGUGCCCGGCUUGCGGAGAUGUCUGAGGCGUCGGUGAUAAACCAGGCGGAGGUGGAGGACGCGGCGGCGGCGGCCGGUCUGGACCUGCCGCCGGGCUUCCGGUUUCACCCCACGGACGAGGAGAUCAUCUCGCACUACCUCACCCCCAAGGCGCUCGACCACCGCUUCUGCUCCGGCGUCAUCGGCGAGGUCGACCUCAACAAGUGCGAGCCAUGGCAUCUCCCAGGCAAGGCCAAGAUGGGCGAGAAGGAGUGGUACUUCUUUUGCCACAAGGACCGCAAGUACCCGACGGGGACGAGGACGAACCGCGCCACCGAGAGCGGCUACUGGAAGGCCACCGGCAAGGACAAGGAGAUCUUCCGCGGGAGGGGCCUCCUCGUCGGAAUGAAGAAGACGCUCGUCUUCUACCUAGGCCGCGCCCCCCGCGGCGAGAAGACCGGCUGGGUCAUGCACGAGUUCCGCCUCGAGGGCAAGCUCCCCCACCCGCUCCCGCGCUCGGCCAAGGACGAGUGGGCCGUGUCCAAGGUGUUCAACAAAGAGCUCACGGCCACCAACGGGGCAAUGGCAGCGGCGGACGCCGGGAUCGAGCGGGUCAGCUCCUUCGGCUUCAUCACUGACUUCCUUGACUCUGGGGAGCUGCCGCCCCUCAUGGACCCUCCCUUGGGCGGCGACGUCGACCAAGUAACCGAUUUCAAGUCCACCUCUGCCUACGCCACCGGUGCCCAUUCCGGACACCAGGUUAAGAUGGAACAGCACAUGCCGCAGCAGCCGCCGCACAUGAUGUACUCGAGCCCCUACUUCUCCCUGCCGGCCGCUAACUCCGGCGACAUGUCGCCGGCGAUCCGGAGGUACUGCAAGGCGGAGCAGGUCUCGGGGCAGACGUCUGCGCUCAGCCCGUCCCGCGAGACCGGGCUGAGCACCGACCCCAACGCCGCCGGUUGCGCGGAGAUCUCGUCGGCGGCGACACCGUCGUCUCAGAAUCAAGAGUUCCUUGACCAAUUCGACGAGUACCCCGCCCUGAACCUCGCCGACAUUUGGAAGUACUGAAGCCAGCCGGAGCUGCACCUACCGCAUGAUUCGCUCGUCGAUUGGUUCUGGCUCGUUGAUUAAUUACUGAAUUGGAUUACUUAACUUGGUAUGUGAUGCUGGUGUUAGUGGUUUGCUGAUGCAGCAUCAUCUUCUUUCCGGAGGAUUCUCGGGUCGGAUCGGAUCAGGUUACUAUCCAUCCAUCCAGACAGACCUCCAGGGAUUAGCUAGGCCUCCUUAUGUUAAUUAAUUAAAUUAGUCCUAGGUUCAUAUCUUGAUCUGUGUGUACAUACCACUACCACAACAGCUAUUCUGAUUGUGAUUAGCAGUAGCAGCAUGAUGGUCAUACAAUUAAUGUGUGUAGAUUAGGGGGGACGACUUGAGAUCCAUUUGUGAAUCGAUUAAUUUGGGCGCUGUUGAUGAGCCAGGCAGCUAGCGCUACUACUAGCUGUGUAUGGAAUCCGCUUUGUAUGUACAUGUACCACCAUUGAUCAUUAAUUGCUUGAGUUUGACAUGUCA